CCGUACGUUUCAUUGGCCAUACAAGUGUCGGACAAGAUGUCGAACAAGAUUGCAAUCCUUCUGGCAGUUUUGGUUGCGGUAGUUGCCUGCGUACAGGCUCAGGCCAAUCAGCGCCAUCGGCUUGUGCGACCGGAACCACGAUUCUCGCCGCGCCCACGCUACGCCGUAGGUCAACGUAUCGUCGGUGGAUUCGAGAUCGACGUCUCCGAUGCUCCGUAUCAAGUGUCACUGCAGUACAACAAGCGUCACAACUGCGGAGGAUCCGUCCUGUCCAGCAAGUGGGUCCUGACGGCUGCUCACUGUACUGCUGGUGCGUCGGCUUCCAGCUUGACCGUACGCUUGGGAUCCUCGAAACACGCUUCCGGUGGUACCGUUGUUCGAGUCGCACGUGUUGUACAGCACCCUGGAUACGAUAGCAGUAGCAUCGAUUAUGACUAUUCCCUGCUGGAACUGGAAAGUGAGCUUACCUUCAGCGAUGAGGUACAGCCAGUCGGUCUGCCGAAACAGGACGAACCGGUGAAGGAUGGAACUAUGACGACGGUGUCUGGAUGGGGAAAUACACUAAGUGCCACCGAAUCGAACGCUGUGCUGCGGGCUGCCAACGUGCCAACUGUGAACCAGAAGGAAUGUGAUAAAGCUUACAGCUCGUUCGGAGGAGUGACUGAUCGUAUGCUGUGCGCCGGAUACCAGCAGGGAGGAAAGGACGCUUGCCAGGGAGACUCUGGUGGUCCGCUCGUUGCUGACGGAAAGCUGGUGGGUGUGGUUUCGUGGGGCUAUGGCUGUGCUCAGGCUGGCUACCCAGGUGUGUACUCGCGUGUGGCCAGCGUUCGCGACUGGGUUCGUGAGAACAGUGGAGUGUAAAACGUUUCCUCAAGCGACCA